CUGGAAGCCUCGGGAUGUCAAUGGCUUUCAGAUGUCAGGAUAACCUUGAGGAUAUAUGAAUGGUUGAGACCCUGUUCCUCUUUUCUGAGUUCUCAGCUGCUAUACUGUGAAAAUCAUGUGUUUACUUUCUGUGUCUCCUCCCACAACAGUCACUCUGAAGCCAGUCUUGAGAUCCUACAUCUGGGCAAGCAAGCUGUUCUAGAAGAUGCUAGCUUACAAAUGAUUUGAAGAAUGGAUUCUUUCUGAGACUCAUCAGGUCAUUUCCUGUAAAUGCAUAUCUUGCUGUUUAUUUGGGAAUAAGCACCAUACCUUGUACAAACUGCCUUUAUCAAAUCUGGGAGUUUGAAAGAAUCAGGUGCUUAGCCUUAGUUCAUCUUCUGAGCAAGAAAAAUGGGCUGUGAUCGAAACUGUGGGCUCAUUGCUGGGGCUGUCAUCGGCGCAAUUCUGGCUGUGUUUGGAGGUAUUCUAAUGCCAGUUGGAGACAAGCUUAUAGAGAAGACAAUUAAAAAGGAAGUUGUCCUUGAGGAAGGUACAAUCGCUUUUAAAAAUUGGGUUAAAACAGGCACAGAAGUUUACAGGCAGUUUUGGAUCUUUGAUGUGCAAAAUCCACAGGAAGUGAUCGUGAACAGCAGUAACAUUAAGGUUAAGCAAAGGGGUCCUUACACCUACAGAGUUCGUUAUCUAGCCAAGGAAAACAUCACCCACAACCCUGAGGACCACACAGUCUCUUUUGUACAGCCCAACGGUGCCAUAUUCGAACCUUCACUAUCAGUUGGAACAGAGGAUGACACUUUCACAGUUAUCAAUCUGGCUGUAGCAGCUGCACCCCACCUCUACCCAAAUGCAUUUGUUCAAGUGGUACUCAAUUCACUUAUCAAAAAGUCAAAAUCUUCUAUGUUCCAAACCAGAACUGUGAAAGAGCUAUUAUGGGGCUAUAAAGAUCCAUUUUUGAGUUUGGUUCCAUAUCCUGUUCCUACCACAGUUGGUGUGUUUUAUCCUUACAACAAUACUGUAGAUGGAGUUUAUAAAGUUUUCAGUGGAAAAGAUAACAUAAGCAAAGUUGCCAUAAUUGACACUUAUAAAGGCAAAAAGAAUCUAACCUACUGGACAAGUUAUUGUGACAUGAUUAAUGGUACAGAUGCAGCCUCAUUUCCACCUUUUGUUGAGAAGACCCGGGUCUUGCAGUUCUUUUCCUCUGACAUUUGCAGGUCAAUCUAUGCUGUAUUUGAGUCCGAAGUUAAUCUGAAAGGAAUCCCUGUGUAUAGAUUUGUUCUUCCAUCCAAGGCCUUUGCAUCUCCACUUCAAAACCCAGACAACCAUUGUUUCUGCACAGAAGAAAUUAUCUCAAAAAACUGUACAUCAUACGGUGUGCUAUACAUCGGCAAAUGCAAAGAAGGAAAACCUGUGUACAUUUCACUUCCUCAUUUUCUACAUGCAAGUCCUGAUAUUCUAGAAACUACUGAAGGCUUAAAUCCAAAUGAAGAAGAACAUAGGACAUACUUGGAUAUUGAACCUAUAACUGGAUUCACUUUACAGUUUGCAAAACGGCUGCAGGUCAACAUAUUGGUCAAACCAGCAAAGAAAAUUGAAACAUUAAAGGGUCUGAAGAAGAACUAUAUUGUGCCUGUACUUUGGCUUAAUGAGACUGGUACCAUUGGUGAUGAGAGGGCAGAAAUGUUCAGAAAUAAAGUGACUGGAAAAAUAAACCUUCUUGGACUGGUAGAAAUUAUCUUACUGAGUGUUGGUGUAUUAAUGUUUGUUGCUUUUAUGAUUUCAUACUGUGUAUGCAGAUCAAAACAAGUGAAAUAAGCAGCCAAUGAAUCCCUACCUUUAUGCACCAGCUACAUCAGGACCUUUGGUAAUGUUGAUUUACAAAAUGAAGACACAACAUGCUUUAUUUUUACAAACACAUCUUAUUUUUGAGUCGACGAAAUGGUGGCACUACUUUUUUUUUUUCUUUUCACUUUGAACAAGAACCUGGCACAUUUUGAAAUUCAUCAUUUACACAGUUGAAUCAAUUUCAGUUCCAAUAGAACUGACUUAAGCACAAACCAAUUAUUUUGUUUUGCUUUUUGUUUAGUUUUUGUUCUGAUUCAUUCAUUGGUUCCCUGGUGGCAAAUUCAGCAGAGGAGUGGACAUUCUAAACAAAUCUUGGGCACUGAACUUCUGUCUUCCUCAUCAAGGAAAGAAAACGAUCACCCUAGGAGUAUCCUCGUUCAGUUGCAACAGACAGUCCCACGACUGUCAGUACAUUGCAUUUCAUGAACACCAAAUAUUUUAAGACACUUAAGUAUGGAAAAACAAAAUUAUUGGCUAUGAGCUAUGAUAUAUUACUAAAAUUUCUUUCUCUAUGAAAUUCUUUGUACAGAAACAGUAGGCAUCAUAAUCAUUUUCUGACUUUAUAAAAAUAUGGGCUUAUAUUUUUUUGUCACUGUUCAUGCAAAUGGACAUCAUUUUUAGCACAUUUUAGUUUUUAGUAUUUUAAGGACUCGGUCAUUUUCCAUGUUUUGAAGCUCUUCUGGAAAUCUGAGUAGAUUUUGGUCUUUCUACUCAGUAGCAACUUAUACUUGGCAACCUCAGAAUGCUGUUCUAGUAUUAAGAGAUGUAAAUGAUAAUAAAGGAAUUAGUGUGUGAAAUAUUAGAGAGAUUAGAAUGUGCAUUAACCGUUAUUUGUUCUAAUAUUUUUCUCACUUUCAUAGUCACCUCAGAAAGACUGGUUUCAGCCAUUAAAAAAUGUUCUUAAAUUCUUGUGCUUUGUGUAGUUCCUGCUGUGUCACAAAACAUUUACCUGCAUUUUCUGUCCCAAGUUUAUCUAAAUUCAUAUUUCUUUAUAAAUUUGUAUUUCUUUCUGAAUUCAAUUUUGACCACCUCCCCCAGGCUAAUUUUUUUAGCUGAUUGGAGGAAUAACAAAAAGACAUUUGGUUUCAUCCUUUAUAGCAGCAGGACUUGAGUUCAAGAUUUAAGUUUCUUUCCUUUUGAUUGAGACACAUUAAUAGGUAAUUCUGCUUUCUUUAGCAGAAGUUCACUUACUGUAGAGAGCACUAGUCCCCCUAAAAAGUUGUAGCAUAAAAGCAAAGAUGAACCAAAUGCUGUCUUGUGUUUUAUACACAGAAGGAUACAGAAUGAAGGAGUGGUAACUGGUCUGUUUAGAUACUAAAAAUAAGAAUAACUUGGCCCCCUCUUGCUAGUUGCCAGGCUAAAUGUUAAAAUUCCUAUUGAAAACUACAAACCAAAAUGCCACCUGUUCAGAGGGGUCUUUUGAAUCUCUGAAGAUAAUCGAAGCAUACUGAGUACUGCCUUUUCUUUUAAUUGGGAGGAAAUAAAGUAUUCCUCUAAGAUGCCAGAUGAGAUCCUAGACAUUUUCCCCUGAUAAUUAAGAAUCUAUUUUCUUUGCAUUAGGGCAUCUGUAGACAUGUUCAUCUCAGAGAAAUAUAAAGGAAAGUUCUUUAAUUCCUGAGAUAUGUAGGGCUGAACUAUGUAAAGUGGUAACUGUAAAAAGAAUUGGAUAAGAAUAUACAUUUCCACCUCCCGUAUAAAUGAGAUUACUUCAAAAAGUUCAUGGAAAAAUAGAAUUGAAAGAUAAUAUCAAUCUUUCCACGAGCUUUUUGAAGUACCCUUGCACAGUGAUGACUCAGAUCUUAAUAUCUUCAUAUAUAAAUGCAUCUUGUGACAUUUAGGUAUCAGAAAUGAUUUUGACUUAUAUGGCUUUAGUAUUGUUUAAAUAAAUGUAUGAUCUAAUCUUUAUCAUUCCUCAGAAUUUCUCAAAUUCUAUAAAAUAUGUACAAGAGGGAAAACAAUCCAUACACAAAGAUAAGCAGAUUAUAUUAAAAUAUCUAAUAGAAUAAUUUUUUAAAGAAUGGGAGGUAUCUUUUUUGAUAUGAAAACCUGGGGUUUAGGUAGGGGUGUAUGUGAGCACAUGUGCAUAUGAACUGCAGUAGGAGUGGGGCAGUAUGGGGAAUGUGUUAGAUGUGUGACUUUUUGUUUUGCCCUGGUGAAAGUGUAUGGUGGUGGGAGAGGGUAAAUGUUGGAAAACUUGUAAUUUUUCAUGGAAGAAUUUAUAUGCUUUACACAUAAAAAUUAUACCAUUUGAUAAGCACAUUUUUUCUACAAACUGCAUUUAUUAACCACAAAACAAUAGCUUUUGUUCAUAACUUGUUUGAAAAUCUAUAGCAUACGCAAAUAGGUUAGAAUCGACACAUCUGAAAAUGGGUUAAUGUAUGUUGCUCCAUAAAAGUACGUGAAAAAUAGAACAAGCUAUGUUAUCUCUCAGUUCUCUGAAAAAGGGGGGGGGGGUAUCAUUUUGGGAGAAAAAUAUAGCUAUAUACAUAUUGGUUAUCUAUCAAAAUUCUAUAUGCUGAAUAUUUGUACAUGUCCAAUAAUUUGUCAGUCUUUUAACUCUAUCAGUGUCUGAGCUACACAGUAAUUACCUGUUUAGGUGGAGUCUGUUUUAGGUGUGUUCCAACUGACAGUUCUGUUUUUUUGUUUGAGUCCAAUGUAUUAGCGACACUGUCUACUCUUUUAACCUGGCUUUUUUGGCCUAUCUGCCAUUCUAAAUGGAUUUUUAACACAAAUAAUACUGUCCAUGAUGGUUUUCUGCAUAUACCAACAGAAUUACCUAUGAUUGGUUUUUCCUGAGUUAUUUUCAUGGAGCUAAUCUAAUGAACUAAUAAUGAUUUAUGUUCUAUAUAUGUAUCAAAGGAACACUCUGCUUUUUCCUUUUAUGGUUCAAAGGUAGCAGUAUUUGAAAAAUAUUUGUGAAAGUAAAUACUUCUUGUCAGGAAAAUUGCUUUUUAUUUUUGAAUGUAUUUGACCUCCAUGUUUGAUAUUGCUACUAUAAUUUUAUAUUAGCUGUUGUUAUGUAUUCAUGAGUUAUUUGUCCUUCCUGUUUUCUUUUCCUAACUUCUUGGAUGCUAGUAGCUUAUGUCUACACAUUUCAGAAAUGCUCUAUUCUACGUACUCAUGAAGGAGACAUGGUAUCAUCUGUGAACUUGUUACAAAUGCAGAAUCUCAGGCCCUGCAUCAGACCUACUGAAUCAGAAUCUGCAGUUUAACAGGAUCCAUAAGUGAUUCACAGACACAUGAAAUUUUGAAAAUCCCUGAUAUAAGUCAUCAAAAUUGGACUAGUUGUAUUUGAUCCAUGGUGAAAUUCAUUUGAUUUAUUAACAGAAGGACAUAAGAGAUCAAAGCUAUAUGAGCAUACGAGAUGAGAUAAAAUCCGUCAGGAUUAAAAAUGUUGCUAUAAAUAUUU